AUGCCGCGCUGCCCCUGUGUGGACACGUGUGAUGGGAUCAGUAAUCUCACAGCUAUGCCAUCUAUGCUCCAGUGACAGAGAAGGGAGGGAUGGAAUUGUUUACAGAGCAGAUCAGUUAAAAAUAGUCACAGGAAAGAGUGAUUUGGGACCUCAAGGCUUCCGUAGUUCUAUGUGUGUGUUGCAGUGGCUGUCGGCUUUUACCCGGAACACGUGGGCCCUGGAGGUGCAUAUGACAUCCUUUGACACCCAGAUCAGGACCUCCUCACUGCCUGCAUUGUACCCGGGGGGAGACCCGGUGUGAGGGUGUCACCUGACUCACUAGCGAUUCACAGAUGAGGGUUAAAGAGCCAUCCGCAUGGGCAACUUCUGAGAAGACAAGAAGGAGCAAGAGGACCGUACGACUUCCAGAUGAAGAUUCUUCAGAUGACAUUGUUGGUCUAACAUGCCAUCACGUGAGCUCAGCUGUGGAUGUGGGGAAUGUCAAAAAAGCAGCAUCUCAGUCUGUGUUUGCAGUGUGCACAGAAUGUAUGAAAGAACGAAGAAUAAAGGAUGGAGAGCUUGUUGCUCCGGCAGAUGUUUGGCUGUGCCUUAAAUGUGGCUAUCAAGGCUGUGGUGCCAACUCAGAAUGCCAGCACUCAUUGAGACACUUUCAAUCAUCACACCCGGAGCCUCACUGCAUUGUGAUCAAUCUCAGCACGUGGGUGAUUUGGUGCUAUGAAUGUGAUGAAACUCUUUCUACUCAUUGUAACAAGAAAGCUCUUGCUCAGGUGUUAGACUUCCUCCAAAAGCAUUCUUCUCGAGCUGAGAAAGGAUCUUCUUCCAAGGCAAUAAGGCUGCCAGAAAGAAUUGGUGAAACUUAUGGUUCUCAGAAAGGAAAAAGCAUUGAAAACACGAGGUGUAUGCCAGUCAAAGGAAUCAAUAAUUUAGGGAACACUUGCUUCUUUAAUGCAGUCAUGCAGAACUUGGCACAAACACACAUGCUGUACGAAGCUCUGGAUGAAAUGAAGGAAAGGGAUGUAGAGAUGAAGAUUGGCCAUAAUGCAGACACCAGCUUAGACCCCUUAGUGAUCACUCUUACCACUCCUGGACCUUUGACAUCUGCAGUCUUCUUAUUUCUGCACUGUAUGAAAGAGGCUGGAAAGGAACCCAUCUCCCCCAAGGUGCUCUUCAGUCAACUCUGCCAAAAGGCUCCUCGAUUUAAAACGUUUCAGCAACAGGACAGCCAAGAGCUUCUUCACUAUCUGUUGGAUUCAAUGAGAUUAGAAGAAACUAAGCGAAUACAAUCUGGCAUUUUAAGAGCAUUCAACAACCCAACUACUAAAACCGCAGAUGAAGACACAAAGAGAAAAGUCAAAGCAUAUGGCAGAGAAGGUGUGAAGAUGAACUUAAUUGACAACAUUUUUGUUGGUGAACUGACGAGCACAGUUAUGUGUGAAGAAUGUGAAAACAUUUCUGCUGUAAAAGAAGCAUUUAUUGAUCUGUCACUGCCUAUAGUAGAGGAACGGGUAUCAAAACCCAUGCUUUGUGGUAAAGGGAACAAGACUAAAAAUGCUCAAGAAGAAGAGGAUAACACUGUCUGUCACUGUAACAACAACCCGCCAAUGAGGAAAUCCUCUCUCCCCAGAGACAAAAGUACAGUAAAUGAAGAUCCGACACUGAACCAAAAAUGUAGUACGGAAGAUGAAAACAAGAACCUUGCUGUAAUGCAGGAAAAAGUUGAUACGUCUGAUCUGGAUUGUGGAGGAAAAGAGCCAUUUUCACUAGAACCACAACAUGUACCCCAGAAGGUGACAAAUGGCAGCCAGUCUGAUAGAAGCGAGAGGGAAAAUGGGAGUCCUUUGGAAAGCAGUGGAGAUGCAGAUAGUGAAGCCUCAGAGUGUGAGAAUGCAUCAAACCAGAUGUGCACCAAAAGAGAGAACCACUGCAGUUUGACCACGCACUGUGCCAGAGACCUUACUACCCCUACAGAUAUUCAGCAUAAUACUAUGACUGAUAAAUUGUCGAAGCUGAGCCUCAAUUCUAUGGCAGAGAAUAACAACCCAUCUAAAGGAGGUACCUCAGUAAGUUGUACAAACAGCUCAUCUUGUCUCCGUUCAAAAUGCACAUCUCAGAACCCACAGACUGCUUUUCAGACCCUCUCCCACGGUUACUCUACCAGCUCCAAGGAGUGCUCUAUCCAGUCCUGUCUCUACCAAUUUACCUCUGUUGAGCUGCUAAUGGGAAACAAUAAACUAUUAUGUGAGGAGUGUACAGAAAACCGUCUAAAAUACCAUAGAAAGGUGACUGUUUCAGAGGAGAAGCAUGAAAGUGUCUAUACCAAUGCUCGAAAGCAACUUUUAAUUUCUGCUGCACCUGCCAAUCUAAUAUUGCAUCUGAAACGAUUUUAUCAAAAUGGUUUAACUCUACGGAAAAUCAAUAGACAUGUAGACUUCCCUUUCAAUUUAGACCUGGCACCAUUCUGUUCUGCUUCCUGCAAAAAUGUGUGUGGAGCGAAGAGCGUUUUCUACAGUCUAUACGGAAUAGUGGAACACAGUGGUUCGAUGAGAGAAGGGCAUUAUGUAGCUUAUGUGAAGAUACGGGUGCCUUCCAAAAACAUACCUGAAAACAAUGCUUGCAAUAACAAUUUCACAGGUUCCACUGGUGGUGUGCAAUCUACAUUGAGUCAGUGGGUGUAUGUUAGCGAUACCCAUGUACAGAUGGUUUCAGAGUCCCGUGUGCUCAGUUCGCAAGCAUACCUAUUGUUUUAUGAAAGAUUGAAUUAGAUCUUAGAUUUUUACACACAUUUUCAGACAGGUUUAUUUUUCAUAAAAGCUUUGCAUAUUGAUAUGUCAUGUACAAUGCAAAAAUAAAUUAAUAAAAUAAACAUAUUAGGCAAAAUGUCUGGUCACUUUGUGACCUUUACUCAAAUCACAAUGCUUUGCCAGAGGUACUACAUAGCCAUCUAUACCUUCCAAAAAUGUGUUUUGACUCACUUUAUUUACUGAUCUAUUUCCAAGAAAAUGUCUUCACUAUUACAAUUCAACAUGGGCUUCUAUAAAUUUUCUCUGUACAUUCAUCCUUCCUUGUUUUCAGACUUCAUCAUUUAUUUUGUGGAGGAAGUGGUGAGUUAACGGAGAAGGUAUGCAUUAUAGACCAUGGCAAAGACAGGACUUUAUUGAGCUAGAAAACAAUUGUCAAUGGUAUCAAGAAAUACCUUUUCUUACAAUCGGUAAGGAACACAACACAAUCAACACAGGACACCGUUCAGGGGCCUGAAGUAUCAAUGAACACGUUCAAUUCAAACUAUAGUGCUACAGUUGAAUACUUGAAAUCCCUUCUAGAUUCAUAGGGAUUAUUGGGAUAAGGCAACAUUGAGAAUUAAAUAAAAAUUACAGAAAUAACAAAAAUACAAUGGAUUGAGAUACCUCUGGGAUCUGCUAUCGUUUUAUUGAAAUGAAAAUUUAAAGUUAACAAAUAUUAAAAUAAAUUUGUAUUUACAUUUUGUAUUACACAGCCAUGCUACGCUGCUGCCCAUCCCAUGUCUUCCCCUUAAGGGUUGAGAAGUAUGUAGGGGUUAAAAAAAAUACCCCUCUCUGUCUCAUUAGAGAUUUUCUUUUGCCUUAAGCUAAAGCAAGCAAGGUGAAUUGUUAGUGUAGGACCCACCUAAGAGGUUUGCCUUGACGUGGCAGGUGGGCUUACAUCUAAUGGCCAUUGGAGUGGAACUAAAAACCUCCAUUUAUAUAAUUAUGCACAGGAAUUUGGAAUAGUGCUCAAAUAACCUUUUUUUUUCUUUGAUUUUAAAAAUAAAUUUGUUUUAUAUUUUAAUGGUAUAUUAUCAACAUUAUCAUUAUCAUGUUUUCCAAAGUGACUGCUCAUUGGG